UUUUCAGGGAUACCGCUCAAGACGCCAAUAUACUCUAGUAGACUAGUACUUGUGUAUUCAGAGCUUUUUUCAUGGUUAGAAUUAUACAGUAUUAUAAAGCUUGUUGAGUUACUGAAAUUUCCUAACAAUUGUUUUCCAUUUAAAAGUAGUAUUUAUUGACAGUAAAUAAAGUUUUUAAGAGAUGUCAACAGACUUUUAUAUACGUUACUACGUUGGACACAAAGGAAAGUUUGGACAUGAGUUUCUGGAAUUUGAAUUUAGGCCGGAUGGCAAAUUACGGUACGCAAAUAAUUCGAAUUACAAAAAUGACACCAUGAUUCGAAAAGAAGCAUACGUACAUCAGUGUGUUAUGGAGGAGCUUAAAAGAAUUAUUCAAGAUUCUGAAAUAAUGCAGGAAGACGAUUCCCUCUGGCCUCAGCCUGACCGUGUUGGAAGACAAGAGCUUGAAAUAGUCAUUGGUGAUGAGCAUAUUUCUUUCACCACCUCCAAGACCGGAUCUCUUCUCGAUGUUAAUCAAUCUAGGGAUCCAGAGGGUCUUCGUUGUUUUUAUUAUCUCGUUCAGGACCUCAGGUGCUUGGUAUUUUCGCUUAUUGGACUUCACUUCAAGAUCAAACCCAUAUAAGCACAGUGACACACUCCAACAAAGCAGCGCAUUUGCAAGCUAAACAUUUGCUUUCUGUUUCAUUAGAAAUUCAUCCUUGUAUUAUUAAAAUGCACUGCUUCUCAAUUUAACCCAAAAUAUGUAACAGGAAUUAAAUAAAUUAUUAUUUUCUACUGAA